ACUCCACCAUAUACAACUAUUAUACUUGAGGAAAUCAUACAAUGCCUUGUUGCAUUAUUUUGCUUCUUCUUUGCUCAUUCUUUACCACUGUGUCACCCAAUCCAGCCCUUAAUGUUGGAUUCUAUGGCUCCUCUUGUCCUUUAGCAGAAGUAAUAGUCAGAAAAGCAGUGAACCAAGCCAUAUUUCAGAAUCCUGGCAUUGGUGCUGGCCUCAUCAGAAUGUAUUUCCAUGAUUGUUUCGUCAGGGGCUGUGAUGCAUCUAUUCUGCUAGAAUCCACACCAGGAAGACCAUCAGAAAGAGAUCAUCCUGUGAACAAGCGUAGCAUGCGAGGAUUCGAGGCUAUCAACGAAGCCAAGUCCGCAAUUGAAGCCAUAUGUCCAAACACAGUGUCAUGUGCAGACAUUCUUGCAUUCGCAGCCCGUGAUAGCUCCUCCAGGCUCGGAGGCAUUACCUACGCGGUACCAGCAGGUCGCCGCGACGGAACCAUCUCAAACUUAAAUGAAGUCAAUUUGCCAUCACCGUUCAGCACAGCUGACCAAAAUGCUCAAAUUUUCAAUCAAAAAGGACUGACCACUGAAGAAAUGGUGACACUAUCAGGAGCACAUUCAGUUGGAAUUGCACAUUGUACUGCAAUUUCUAAUAGGCUGUACAAUUACAAUAACACCCAUGACCAAGAUCCUUCAUUAGAUCCACAAUUUGCAGCAUUUUUGAAGACCAAAUGCCCAUUAACAUCCAGUAAUAAUGAUUCCUCUGUAGGACUUGAUAGUAUUUCGCCGAGCCGUUUAGACAAUUGUUACUACGCUGAUUUAAUGAAGCACCGCGGAUUAUUUACGUCGGACCAGACAUUAUUCAGUAGUCCUUUGACACAAAAAAUGGUGAUAGACAAUGCAUGGUAUGGUUCAACCUGGGCUGCUAAAUUUGCUAAGGCUAUGGUCCAUUUGGGUUCAAUAGAUGUUCUUACAGGAGAACAAGGAGAAAUAAGAAGACAAUGUAGUCUUGUGAACUAAAUUUUACUGAGCAAAGGGUAAACUCAGAUCUCCAAACUUGUGCU